AGUACUUUCAUGAACAGAAAUACUGCAGUUCAUCAGAAAUACAACAACAGGUGUCACGGCCAAUCAGCAGAUGAUUUCACUCCUGCAGUUUGUGCAGGGUGCAAUCUUAGAGAAGCACUGAUCAGAGCAGCCUGGUGGGACAUGGACCAGAGGAGCAGAUUAAACCACCUUUAAUCUGGUUCCUAAAGACUAGGUUAUGUUGUUCUCAACAAACGUUCUUGUACCAAGAAUGACAAUGUUUUUUUUAAUCUAAGUUCUUCCAAACUGCAGAUUUAUGACAUAUUUCAUUUACUAUUCAUUUCUAAUUCGAUUUACAUUUAUGUUUGCAUUUAGCAGAUGCUUUUAUCCAAAGCAACUUACAGAGGAGGAGGAACAAUCAAGCAUGUGGUUCUUCUGGGAAUCGAACCUCGUUCUAUAGAUGUCAUGUCCUUGCCCCUUCACCAUCUAAAUUCCCUGGUAAGUGUUUGUGUUCCUUUUCUUUUAGUCCAGUAGUAUUUGAAGGUUAGCAGAACUAAUGUUAUAUUACAGCCAGGGAACUGUCCAGGGGAGUGGUGCUGAAACGGGACUGUCCACGGACUCAGUUAAGACCAGUACUGCACUAAUGUAGGGUUUCUCUAGUAAAGAUGACCUUUAAAAGUAUUUAUACUUCAACCACGCCAACUCCCCACCCUGUAUUAAGCAAAUGAUGAAACGCCAGCAUGGAGAUAUGAGUCAAAAAAAUAAAUAAAAAUAAAUCAAUACAAAGUACAUUUACUGAUUGGCAAAAUAAAAGUAUCAUUGUGUAUUUAUGACCAUUUGGCCAUGACACUGUGGUCAGUGUGAUGGAUACGGUCAACAGUGACACUGUGGUGAGAUGAAUCCAUCUGGACUUUCUCCUCUGGCUGUUGUUCCACCAACAGAGCUGCUGAUCACAGGAUUUAUUUCUGUUUUUGAACCAUUAUCUCUAUAGUCCAUUGAUGGUUGUGUGGUGACAUCUCAUUAAAUCUGUUUUCAUUUGCAUUAUGGCUUUUUGAUCUGCAUCAGGAGGCAAUUAAACAGGUGCAACAAAAGGCAUUAGCAGAGAGUGUAAAAAUGUAUCGUAAAUUGAAUUCCAUAUAUUUGAGUAAACUUUUUUUUUCUUUUUGCAAAUGAUGUCUCUAUAAGAGGAUCCAAAUGAAAUGGGAAAAGAACGAGCCUUGACAAUUAACAUAAGAUUUGUGGAAAUGAUUGCAGGAAGAUUGUACAUGAACUGCGGUUGAAAAUUACUUCUAGAAUUAGUCAUCAAAUAACUACAGAUAAUUACUGCUGUUGGAAUGAAAUGAAAUGAAGUAAAAAUGAAUGCAUCCAGCUUUGCAAACGUCUCCAUCCAAACUGCCCCUGUCAGCUCUGUCUGUCCUGGGGUAAUUAGUGUCAUCACUCUCAGCUGUGAUUCUCUGUUAAUCAGUCUCACUCCUCUCACCUGGUACUCUGGUGGAAAUACCUCUCUCCCUCACCCUCUGUGGGGUCACUGUCGUUGUAUGUGGUCCUGGGGUCCAUGCAUCUCUGCUGUGGUUCCUCUGUUGUUCCUGUACUCCAGUUUGACCAUCUGUGCAGUGGCUGCCUCACCCGCUCGGACCGGGGACCGCCUGGUCUCUGAUCUGGUCUGCGGACUCACCGGUGACUCGACGCGCUCCGGCGGCGUCAGGCUGUGUGCUUCUCGGAUCAGACCCGAACCACUGCGAGGUCUGACGAUGGAGAUGAUGGAGGGCGACGUUAUGGACAAACUGGAGGACAUGUCCUCGGUGUACGACUUCGACCCGUUCACCGGCAACAUUCCUGCCACCAAAGUAGAAAUCACCGUCUCCUGCAGGAAUCUUCUGGAUAAAGACACAUUCUCCAAGUCAGAUCCAUUAUGUGUUCUUUACACCCAAGGAGUGGAAACCAAACAGUGGAGAGAGUUUGGCAGAACAGAGGUGAUAGACAACACCCUUAACCCCGACUUUGUAAGAAAGUACAUCUUGGAUUAUUUUUUUGAAGAGAAGCAGAACCUUCGUUUUGACUUGUAUGACAUGGACUCCAAAAGUCCAGAUCUGUCCAAACACGACUUUCUGGGUCAGAUGUUUUGUACACUCGGAGAAAUUGUUGGAUCACCAGCAAGUCGACUGGAGAAACCACUGGGUGGAAUCCCAGGAAAGAAAUGCGGAACGAUCGUCCUGACUGCAGAGGAGCUUAGCAACUGCCGAGACAGUGGGACAAUGCAGUUCUGUGCCAAUAAGCUGGACAAGAAGGACUUUUUUGGCAAGUCCGACCCUUUCAUGGUCUUUUACCGCAGCAACGAGGACGGAACGUUUACUAUCUGCCAUAAAACAGAAGUGGUGAAAAACACAUUAAACCCAGUCUGGCAGCCUUUCACCAUCCCAGUACGAGCGCUCUGCAACGGGGACUAUGACAGAACAAUCAAGGUUGAGGUGUAUGACUGGGACCGAGAUGGGAGCCAUGAUUUCAUUGGGGACUUUACCACCAGCUACCGAGAGCUCGCCCGAGGGCAAAGCCAGUUUAAUGUCUAUGAGGUGAUUAAUACAAAGAAGAAAAUUAAGAAAAAGAAAUAUGUCAACUCUGGAACUGUGACCCUUCUCUCAUUCUCAGUGGAGUCUGAAUAUACGUUCUUAGAUUACAUCAAAGGCGGGACACAGAUCAAUUUCACCGUUGCCAUCGAUUUCACAGCAUCUAAUGGAAACCCCUCGCAGUCUACAUCUCUGCACUACAUGAAUCCAUACCAGCUCAACGCCUAUGCCAUGGCCCUGAAGGCAGUGGGGGAGAUCAUUCAGGACUACGACAGUGACAAGAUGUUCCCUGCUCUGGGCUUUGGUGCCAAACUGCCCCCUGAUGGCCGGGUGUCACAUGAGUUCCCUCUGAAUGGAAACAUAGAAAACCCAUACUGCAAUGGCAUUGAAGGCAUCUUGGAGGCGUACCAUCAGAGUCUGAAGACGGUGCAGCUGUACGGGCCGACCAACUUCGCUCCUGUGGUCAACCACGUUGCCAGGUAUGCAGCUGCAGUGCAGGACGGCUCUCAGUACUUCGUUCUCCUCAUCAUCACAGACGGCGUCAUUUCAGACAUGGCUCAGACCAAAGAGGCCAUCGUAAAUGGCGCCAAGCUUCCCAUGUCCAUCAUCAUAGUCGGAGUGGGCCAAGCUGAGUUUGACGCUAUGGUGGAGCUGGAUGGUGACGACAUCAGGGUCUCCUCCAGAGGGAAACUGGCAGAGAGAGACAUUGUACAGUUUGUGCCCUUCAGAGAUUACAUGGACCGCACAGGAAACCACGUGUUGAGCAUGGCGAGGCUCGCCAAGGACGUCCUAGCAGAAAUCCCUGACCAGUUCAUCUCGUACAUGAAGAGCCGAGGGAUCAAACCCAACCCUGCACCGCCUCCGUACACACCGCCUGGACACACACACCACCACACACAGAUCUAGACCGCACUCACAGAUCCCACUUCUCACUGAGGACUGAUCGCAUGCAACAGCCGCUCAGAGUCCAGCGGGACGUCUGAAUCUCACGUCCCUGGUGCAAAACAGGAGGCCGUGCUCCAGGACGGGUGUGUGUGUGUUGACUUGGCCACUGGCGCAGCAGUUUGUGUCUGUUUUAUUCUGUGAUCUGUUAAUCAGACUGGUUUCUCUGGGAGAGAGAGGCUGCAGUCUUUUAAUCAACGCCGAGGCAGUGACUGUUUCAAGUCCAAUUUUAAAGCAGGUCGGUUCAAAAAGAUCAUGUCGUGGUUAAAACCUUGUGCCUGUCUGUGGUCGUUUCUCUAAGUAUAUCAGGACAUGUGACCUUUGACCUAAGCCUUGCUUGUCAGUCAUUUCUGUGCCCGUUGCAGUGAUGCUCCAGGCACCGUUCCCCCUUUGGUUUGUAUUAGGGGAAUAUCUCAGUUAUGUGGAGUUUACAGCUUAUUACAAACGAACAUUGAUCAGACUUUUCAUACCGUGAGGUCGUACCUCCUAUCUUUAUUAAGAAAUUAUUAUCAGAGCAUGUUGUGUGAGAACAUUAUUCCCCAUAUGACGUAUAUUUAAUAUUGAAUGUUCUUCAGAGUGGCAUGGAUAUUUGAUAAGACUGUCUUCGACACCAUAACCUUCAACAUUUAUUCUGUUUCUCUGGUUGCACAUGAAAAAAAGCACAACCCAUCUCUGAAAUAAUAACCAGGUUUAUAUUAUUCAAUCAUGUCAAGUGCUGCUAGUCAUUGUGUCUGAACAAAGAACCAAAUUAAUGUAUGCAAGUCAAACAUUUGUGUGUUAAUAACACCAAGACCCUUUUUCUUUUUACGUUCCUUCCACCGACGAUGAAGCACAACAGGAACAUCCAAUUUGCACUUGCAAAAAACUGAUUUAAAUAUAGAAAUAUUUAUUUAAAUGAUUUAAUGAAGAUAAAUAGUAGGUUUGUAGAGGUCACUAAAAUGCAAUAAAAACUCUCAUUUAUCAUUUAUCAUCUUUUCUUAUUAUUCAAGACAAAAGAACAACAAAAGAACUUUCCGUGUUUUUAAUGACCAACUUAUUUCUAUUUGUUUGACUUUAGUAAAUUUAAAUUUAAUAUCUGCCAGACAUUACAGCGAGAUAUGUAUGUUGACCAGUAACAUAUUGCCUCUUUUUUCCAUUUUUAUUUGAAUUUUGUAGAUUUAAUCAUUAUUCAUUGACACAACAACAGCGACAGGUUGACAAUAAAGAACCUGCGGUGUCAUUAAAACCACAAGCUUUUUAGAAAGACAUGUUUGUUUGUUUUUUCAUUCAUCUUAUUCAAAUGUUUAACAUUAAAACAUCUGAAUGAGACCUUAAGCAUCUUUGUCUCCGUCCAAGCUUUAGACCACAGAAAACAUCUGUGUUUUAUGAAUAAUUUUAACUGAGAACCAGAGAACUCUCCAGCUCGUUUUUGUAGGGAUUUUUUAGAUGCAGUAGUGGACUGUUAAUGAGCAGUGACUAUCGUACAGUAGUCUUUACCCCUUCUGGGUAUGUUCACCAUAAUAACAUAAUGGUAAUUUCUAAUGCAACAGUAACAGCCUUUAAUGUUGCAUGCAUUCAAUCUUUUUUCUCAACGUUCAUUAGUUGUGAGAAAAGUUG